AUGGACGACGAUGAUAAUGAGCCUCUUGAGUCCGAGAGCAAAGAUGAGACUGAAGCUGCACUGGCACCUCAGAACAGCGAUGACACCCUCUACUGUGAAGCUGAAACCCUUCCAAGUGUUGAGAAAGAGAAAGCUACCCGGGAGGAUUCGGAAACCGACCUGGAGAUUGAAGACACAGAGAAAUUCUUCAACAUCGGACAGAAGGAGCUGUACCUGGAGGCCUGCAAACUGGUGGGUGUGGUGCCUGCCUCCUACUUCAUCAGGAACAUGGAUGAGUCCUGCGUGAACCUCAACCACCAUGGUCUGGGCCCCAUGGGUACCAAAGCCAUUGCUAUAACUCUCGUGUCCAACACCACGGUCCUCAAACUGGAGCUGGAAGACAACUGCAUCCAGGAGGAGGGCAUCCUGAGUCUGAUGGAGAUGCUGCAUGAGAACUACUACCUUCAGGAGCUGAACGUGUCUAACAAUCACCUUGGUCUGGAAGGAGCCAGGAUCAUCUCAGACUUCCUCCAGGAGAAUAACUCUUCACUCUGGAAACUGAAACUUUCAGGAAACAACUUCAAGGAAGAAUGUGCUUCACUUUUAUGUCAAGCCCUGUCGUCCAAUUACCGAAUUAGGUCACUGAAUCUCAGCCACAACGAAUUCUCUGAUACCGCAGGGGAGUACCUGGGGCAAAUGCUGGCCCUUAAUGUAGGGCUCCAAUCGCUAAACCUAAGCUGGAAUCACUUCAACGUUCGUGGUGCUGUGGCCCUGUGCAAUGGCCUCCGGUCUAACGUGACCCUGAAGAAGCUGGACGUGUCCAUGAAUGGCUUUGGGAAUGAAGGUGCUCUGGCCCUGGGGGAUGCCCUCAGACUCAACAGCUGUCUGGUCUACGUAGACGUCAGUAGAAACGGCAUCACCAAUGAGGGGGCCUCCAGAAUCAGCAAGGGCCUAGAAAACAAUGAGUGCCUCCAAGUGCUGAAGCUUUUCCUGAACCCUAUAAGCUUGGAGGGGGCAUAUUCUCUUAUCUUGGCCAUCAAGAGGAACCCCAAAUCCAGGAUGGAAGACAUUGACAUUUCUAACGUUCUGGUAUCGGAGCAGUUCGUCAAAGUCCUGGAUGGGGUCUGUGCCAUUCACCCCCAGCUGGAUGUGCUGUACAAGGGAUUGCAGGGUCUCUCUGCCAAGAGAAACAUCUCCCUGGGGACCAACCCCAUGAGGCUGAUUCAGAACUAUACAGACCAAAAGAAGAUCUCAGUGGUGGAGUUCUUCAAGAAUUUGAAUCCUACAGGAUUAAUGACAAUGCCUGUGGGGGACUUCCGGAAAGCCAUGAUCCAGCAAAGCACUGUUCCCAUCAACCGGUACCAGGUGAGGGAGCUGAUAAAGAAGCUGGAUGAGAAGAAGGGUAUGGUGAACUUCAGUUCACUCACAUAGGAAGACUUGAGCCAGGCACUGGGACCCAUGCCUGAGGAACUCCAGUCUACAUGACAAAGGGACAAUGCUCAGG